AUGAAGUCGCUCCGGUUCAUCUGUGCUGAAGCGCUCGUGUCAAACGCAGCGUUCGCGAGGAGGAGCCUCGGCAGUGUCGCUCAUAACCUUUUCCCUCUCCUUUUCAAAGCCAGCUAUUUACUGGAGCGCGGGGAAGUGAUUCAUGACCUGGUGGAGAACUGGCCACUUGUGGACUUGAACAUGGGAAAACUUUUGGGCAAAACGGCUGACUACCAGGAGGACCUGAGCCACAGGACGUGCGUGGUGUGCUUGGAAAGCUGUCUGACCGGGCUCAGGGACUAUGUGCUGCAUCCUCCCUCCCCCUACCUGAAAAGGCUGAAGGUGGUGGACCUGACAGGCAUAAAGGACGUUGAAGUUCAGUUCUGUGAGUGCAAGAAGCCGAUGGGCCGCUGGGCGAGGACGCAGCUGCUCUCAAAGCUCUGCUUAGAGCUGCUGCUCCACGCACAAGGAGUGCAGCGGGGGCCGGGCGCCGCGGAGAUCAGCAUCGACGUCCUCGUCGACUUGUUCGUUACUGAGCGCAACUACGAGCUCGUGGUGCAGGCCCUGCUCACCAGGCGCUCCUGCCCGCUGAAGAUCCACUGCGUGGCCUUGAGGGCUGACAACUUGGCUCUGCAGAAGUUUUUCUACAUCGUCAAGCUCAUGGAUCCCUCCCUGCUGCGCAAGCUGGAAGUGGUUCACAACGUGCGCUUGGAAAUGGAGCACCUGCAAAUCCUCUUCAGUCGCACCCGCUUCCCCCUGCUCGCGUCGCUGACCUUGCCAGCACGCACGUUCAACGUGCGGCGGCUGACGGCUGCGGACGAGCUGGUGCUUUCUGCCGUUGGGGAAAAGCUGAGUGAAAUGACACAUUUGACUGAACUGAGCAUGGCCUUUUCCAUCCUCACGGGAAGAAUACGGAAACUGCUCAGCCCCUUGAAAACGCCACUUAAGGUGCUGGACGUUUCCAACUGCUCCCUGAACCAUGCUGAUAUGGCCUAUUUAGCCAACAGCCUCCACUCGAAUCACUUGGAAGUCCUGGACUUGAGCGGGCACAAUAUUCCUGACCUUUACCCGGCGACGUUCUUCAAGCUUCUCUGCCAUUCCUCGUCGGUGCUCAGGAGUCUCAUCCUGGAGGAGUGUAACAUCCAGGACAACCACGUCAACAUGCUGAUUCUUGGUUUAAGCCCUUGUCGGAAACUGCAGGAGUUUAAGUUUCUUGGAAACCCCCUGUCAUCUGAAGCACUUAAACACCUUUUCAGGUUUUUCUGUGAGCUGCCAAUGCUGAAAAACGUGGAGUUCCCAGUCCCCAAGGACUGCUACCCGAUUGGCACUACCUACCCGAUCGAUGACGCCAACCUCUGCAAUUUCGAUCGCCAGAAAUAUGAUGGGGUAGCAGAGGAGCUCAAACGCAUCUUACUGCAGGGAAACAAGGAGGGGGUGAAGGCUUCAACGCCGCUCUUCGGCAGCUACGACGCGGCCGUUGAGGAGACAAACAACGAACUGGGAACUUACUUGAUGAAGUCCUUCAAAGAGACUUUAGAAAAGUUCACUAACUCUCUUAAAGAACUGAGUCUAACUUGA